AUGGGUCAGAAGUUGACGUAUAACUGGACUGGCACGUUGUACGAGACAGGAGUCCUUAUGGUGCAGCUGCUGGUGUACAGCAUGGAUCCCAACCACCAGGUCGUGGACCGGCCUCUGCUGCUCCGGCGUCGCUCUCUGGGGAUCAUCCUCAUCCUGCUGGUGGUCGGAAUAACCAUUCAGACCGUUGACGUCGAACCUUCUAGUGCCCUCUUGAAGCGUUUCGUUCUCGACUGGAGUUCUGCACUGAAAUACUUCUGGAGAAACAAAAACCCCACAGAGCCUCGUCUCCAGAAUGAGGGAUCUCCUCCACGGGUUCAGCAGAACUUCACACCCAAACAGGAAAAAGAGCUAACAGGGAGUCCUCCUCCUGCUCAUGGGUUCCAGCUAAAAGACGGCUUCGCAGAUUACAAAAGUCAAAAUGAAGAAGCUGGAAGGCUCAAGAAAGCCUGCCAACCGAAAUCUCACAUAGUUUUUUUGAAGACACACAAAACAGCGAGCAGCACGAUCCAAAACAUCCUGUACCGGUAUGGUGAAAGCAGAGGGCUGACCUUCGCCUUGCCCCGAAACAAGCACAACCAGCUGUCUUACCCCAGAUAUUUUGACACGCAUUUUGUGAAUGGGGUCGAAAGCAAAUUGUUUUUGACUUUUGACAUUCUGUGCAACCACAUGAGGUUCAGAAAACCCGAGGUGAAAAAACUGAUGCCCCAAGAUUCGUUCUACUUUUCUAUUCUGAGAAAUCCUGUGGCGAUGAUGGAGUCCAUGUAUAUCUACUAUAAGGGCCUUGGAGUCUUCAUCAAGACCAAAUCCCUGGAGGACUUUCUAGACAAUGGCCAGAAUUACGUAUCGUUGUUGAACAACUAUGCUCACAACAACCUUGCAUUUGACUUUGGCUUUGACAACACUGCCACAGCUGACACCCCAGACCUGGAGACGAUAGUUAAUGAAGUGAUCACUGGCAUAGAACAGGAUUUCCACCUUAUUCUUAUCACUGAAUACUUUGACGAGUCCAUGAUCUUGCUGAAGCACGCUCUCUGCUGGUCCCUACAGGAUGUUGUUUCCUUCAAGCUCAACAGUCGCCAUGACCAAAGUCGUAAGUCUAUGUCACAGAUAACUGCUGAGAAAAUCAAGAGGUGGAAUGUUUUAGACUGGAGGAUUUAUGAACACUUUAACGCCACCUUCUGGCACAAAGUGAGGAGUCUGGUUGGGGAAGAGGAGAUGAAGCGGGAAGUGUCUCAGCUGAAGGAGCUACAAGCCAAGUUAACAAGCAUCUGUUUGGAAGGUGGAGAGGCUGUCAACCCAAGACUGAUAAGAGACGAGGCAGUGAUGCCUUUCCAGUCGGGAACGGCAGUCAUUCAGGGCUAUAACCUCAACCGAAACCUCGACAUACAGACCAAAACAAAGUGUCAGAGACUGAUAAUGCCUGAGUUGCAGCACACAAAGCUUUUGUAUGAAAAGCAGUUUCCAGAAACUGGUUUGAAAGUAGUGAACAAAAGGAGGAGAUAG